AGGGGACAGUCAGAGCGUGCAUGGCCGGAUGUGGUUCGUGGACCUGGCCGGCAGUGAGCGUGCAUCUGACUCUAGAGACUCAGACAGACGGAGCCGAAUGGAGGGAGCAGAGAUCAACCAGAGCCUGCUCGCGUUGAAGGAGUGCAUCCGCUCUCUGGACCAGGAGCAGGGCCACACCCCGUUCAGACAGAGCAAGCUCACCCAGGUGCUGAAGGACUCAUUCGUUGGAGACUCUUUGACCUGUAUGAUCGCAAACGUCUCUCCUGGUCACUGCUCCACAGAACACACCCUGAACACGCUCCGAUAUGCCGACCGUGUAAAGGAGCUGAAAGGCCAGAGCGGGCAGCACACAGCCAGACGAAGCAAGAACCCCCCCUGCCCAAAACAACACCUGUCCCAGAGCAACGGGGCCAGCAGGGGGCGCUACAGAGGCUUGAGUCCACCCAAGAAACCAAGGACCACCUCCAUUGUCCCGUCCACACCCUCUGCCAUAAGAAUGCAUGAAGACAGCGCGUUCCUCUGCUCUACGCCCAAGAACCACCAACACAACCAGGACAGCAGGGGGCGGUGUGACUGGAUCUCACCUGUUCAGAGUCGACCAAGAGUGAGACGUGAAGAGAGCGAAUACAGGGAAGCAAAACUAUGGAACCAAGCAUCAAGUCAACAACAAAAUCAUGAGUUUGGUCCCAGAAAGAUAGAAAAUGAACCAUCACAAAGCCAAAGAAGUCAUAAAUGGAACGAUUUAAGUAGAUAUUUUGAAGACCAAGAGAAGAGGAGACAUCUUAAACUGUAUCACCAACAGUUACAACAAUUUGACCCACUUCUGACAUCUUCUGGCCUGCUCUGUCAAAAUACGUCUACUAAUUCCCCUAAAGCGAAUUCACAUGCUAUGGAAAGCAUGCUUACGUCUUCAGUGGCUAUGGAAGACAUUUUGGGUCGAUUUGAAGCUCGUAUUAACCAAGUGCAACCUUGUGUGUCAAGUUCUGAGGCUGGUCUAUGGCUGAAUAAUCGUAAAAGUGGAAAUUUUAAAUAUUUGGUUGAUGAAACAGGUGUGAUAUUGAGAGAAAAUAGGACUGGAAACAACAGAAGGACAAAAAAUGUUGAAAAUAGAGAAGUUAAAUGUGCUUGGAUUUCAGAGAAUGAAGACGUCUCAGGAAAUUGUUUAAGUUUGGGCGACAAUAUUAAGAAUUGUACCACAAGACGAGGAUUUCCUGUUGAAUUUUGUGACCCACGAGCCCCAGCAGAGCGCCCCCUGUCUCCUGCUGCAGAGAACAGCAACUCGCUUUUAACACUUUCAGAUCUGGACUGCUCUAAAAUGAUACCAAAUAGUCCCAAACAUAAUCAAUGCAACCAACGCAAUGAAGAACAGAGCAGUGUGAAUAUGGACCCGCUGCGGUUGUCCAUGUUGGAGGAGGGGCAGGAACUAGCAUCAGUCUUGUAUCUCCAACAAAAGCCAACCAUUUCAAAGAGGAACCAAGAAGCAGCCGUACCUGUGUGCAGCAUGGGGUGGGGGCUAGAAGAGGGCGCUGAGGAGUCCUACCUGGAGGUGCCCCAAGCAAUAGGUUCGUCUAUGGUUCCUUGGGCCAUACGAUUCCAUUCACAGCCAAAAGGGGGAGUUAUCCAGUCAACUGCUCCCACUGCUCAGCCCAUCUCUGCUUUAAAUGAUGUAGUUUUUAAUAAAAGCUCCGGCCUCGCCCCACACAACAGUCCCCAGAUUUACAACAGUAACAACGUGACUUCCUGCCCCCAGAGCCAGAACAGCACAGCGCCACCCCUUGGUCACUCUAGGAACAGCAGCAGUGAGGUCCUGCAGUCUAAAGAGGAGAGAAUCGGUCUGAACCAAAGCACAUGUGAGGAGUGGACGAGUGGAGACCAUUGGCUCGUGGUUCAGGCUCAUUUAGAGACGCUCAAACAGAUGGAGCGUCUGUCGCACAGAGAGGGGACUCUCCUGGGACAGCAGCCUGACAUGGCUUUUGUGGAGUACGUGCAGCAGCUGGAGCAGAUCAUGAGGAGAAAGGCUUUGUGUGUGCGGAGUCUGAUCUCACAUCUACAAACUUACCUCAAGACCAGCCACUCCCAACCCUGACCUAUGACAGAGGACAGAAUUAUACACUCAGGGAAACCAAUCAAAA